AUGGCCGACAACAAGAGUGCAAAGCAGGCUACAUUGGGGUACGUUCGCAAUUCACAGCAGACGAUUGGGAGGUUCUUUGGCUCGAACGCCAACACAAAUCAAGCGCCCAAGAAGCAAACCACACUAGCUUUUGGCAACAAACGACAACGUGCAAGCAGCAGCGGAGCUGCUGAUGAUGAUGUUGAUGUGAAACAGGAUACGGAGGAGCCUAAAACGGAGGAGGGCACCGAUACAGCAGCCACUGAUGGCCCGGUGAAAGGCGUGAAGCGGGAAAAGAGUCCGGAUGCAGAACAAAGUGAUGGAUCAGAUGUCCAGCCUGUGUCCAAACGCCGCAGAAAAGCUUCAGCUUUGCCAGCUGCCGAAAAACAAGUCCCAUCCCCGAAAAAGCCCGAGGCUACGAAACCCAAGGUUGAGUCGCCAUCACCAAAUCCCGCUACAAACGAGGACAACUCUACCGAAGUGACACCCUCAGAGACAGUAACCGAUGAGGUUAACAAGGAAGAAGAGUUAUUAGAAAGUGAAGAGGAAGAGGACCUCGAGCCUGAGCUCGAAAUGAAAUCCAUCGAGAAGUUCCAGGCCAAAUUGAAAGGUAGUGGGAAAGACCCAUACCCAGACUGGAAAGCUGGAGAGCCAGUUCCUUACGCCGCUCUAUGCACCACUUUCUCCCUGGUCGAGAUGACCAGAAAGCGAUUGGAGAUCACAGACCAUUGUUCCCUGUUCCUUCGACAAGUACUUCGUCUGACCCCUGGGGAUUUCCUUCCCACUGUUCAACUAAUGAUCAAUAAAUUGGCUGCCGAUUAUGCUGGCAUUGAACUGGGUAUCGGAGAGUCAUUGAUCAUGAAAGCCAUUGGUGAAAGUACAGGCCGAAGUCUUGCAAUCAUCAAAGCUGACCAAAAGGAGAUCGGGGAUUUGGGACUGGUGGCUGCUAAGAGUCGCGGCAAUCAACCUACCAUGUUCAAGCCAAAGCCUUUGACUAUCCGUGGUGUCCAUGAAGGACUACUGGCAAUUGCUCAGGUCCAGGGCCAUGGAUCCCAAGAUAAGAAGAUUUCGGGUAUCAAAAAACUGUUGUCUGCAGCCGAUGCCGCAACUGCUGGCAAGGGAGGUAAAGUAGUGGACAUUACCAAGGACAAGGGCGGCGCCAGCGAAGCUAAAUUUAUCAUUCGCUUCCUGGAAGGAAAGCUGAGGCUGGGACUUGCAGAAAAGACAGUGCUCGUCGCUGUUGCCCGGGCAGUUCAGACCCAUGAAGCUGAAGUUAAUGGCGAGAAUAUCCCGUCAGCGGAAAAGAUGGCUGCAGGAGAAAACAUCUUCAAGUCUGUCUACAGUGAGCUUCCCGCGUACGAGGUGAUCAUUCCCGCCAUCCUUGAACAUGGUCUAUUCAAGCUACCUGAAGUUUGCAAACUAUCGCCUGGUGUUCCUCUCAAGCCCAUGCUUGCGAAGCCUACGAAAUCUAUCACUGAGGUUCUCGACCGCUUUGAGGGCAAAGAGUUCACCUGCGAGUACAAGUACGACGGAGAGAGAGCCCAGAUUCAUUUCGUGUCCCCAGACUCAAUUCACCAAUACCCUGGAGCAAAGAACACAUUAAAAAAGGACAGCAAGGGACUUUGUUCAAUCUUCUCCCGCAACUCUGAAGAUCUUUCUAAGAAGUAUCCAGAUGUUCUAGCCAAGCUAGACACCUGGGUCAAGGACGACGUGAAGAGCUUCGUGCUUGAUUGUGAGACCGUUGCUUGGGAUACAGUCAACAAAAAGGUUCUUCCAUUCCAACAACUGAUGACCCGUAAGCGCAAGGAUGUCAAGGCCGAUGAAGUCACGGUCAAGGUUUGCGUAUUUGCAUUCGACUUGCUCUUCUUUAAUGGAGAGCCAUGUGUUAAGAAGUCUCUUCGGGAACGUCGGCGACUUAUGUAUGAAUGCUUCCAGCCAGUGGAGGGGGAGUUCCAAUUUGCCCAGUAUGGCAACACGAACGUACUCGAUGAGAUCCAGGAAAUGCUCGAUGAAAGCGUCAAAGCCUCGUGUGAGGGUCUCAUGGUGAAGAUGCUGGACACAGAUGAGAGUGGCUACGAACCCAGCAAGCGGAGUCGCAACUGGCUUAAGGUCAAGAAAGAUUACCUUGCCGGCGUUGGUGACUCUCUUGAUCUUGUCGUGCUUGGUGCUUACCACGGACGUGGUAAGCGUACUUCUGUCUUCGGUGCUUUCCUCCUCGCAGCCUACAACCCCAACAAGGACACCUACGAAACCAUUUGCAAUAUCGGUACUGGAUUUUCUGAGGUGCUGCUCGAAGAGCUCCACAACACACUAAGCCCAUUGGUGAUCGACCGCCCAAAGCCCUUCUACACCCACUCGACUGUACCCAAGGAUCAGCCAGAUGUCUGGUUUGAGCCGCGACUAGUAUGGGAAGUCAAGACUGCUGAUUUGACACUGAGUCCCCGCUAUCAGGCCGCUGCCGACGAGUUCCAGGGUACAGCCGAUAGUGGUAAGGGUGUCUCUCUUCGUUUCCCGCGUUACAUCAAAGCCCGCGAUGACAAGAAACCAGACGAAGCCACCACUACCCGUGCCGUGGCGGAGAUGUAUCGCAAGCAAGAAGCGGUCACUAAGGAGAGCUCCAGCAAGGGCGGUGUGGAUGAUGACUUUGAGUAUUGA